CGAAUUUACACACGCGGACGUCGUCAAUCAUGAGGGAUUUGUCGCGGGAGCUAGUCAUCGAUCACAGAUUACGAGGUUCUUGCGCCGGAUUUCUUGGAUCUCUUCUUCGUCGAUGGAAGGCAAGGAGCCCGGAUCCAGGGCAUGGAGGCCAGCGCUGGGAUUGCCGGCGAUCUUCCAGCUCGCGCUCGCGAUCUUCACCGUGUGCUUCUUGAUCCAGCAGCUGCGGCCGCCGCCGAGCAAUGCGAGCUACGAUCGAGCGAUGGAUCGCCGGCGCGAGCGAGGGCAAGAUCAAGAUCAAGAAGAUCAAGAAACGCGGCUGAGCAAUAUCCUCUUUGGGAUCGGGGCGGCGUCGAGCGUUCUUGAGAGGAGGAAAGAUUUCAUCAAGGCGUGGUGGAGGCCCGGCCAGACUCGCGGAUUCGUCUUCGUGGAUCAGCCGCCGCCGCUAGCCGAGUCUUUCUGGGACAAUUCCUCGCUCCCGGAGCUCCGGAUCUCGGAGAGCACCGCGCGAUUCAGGUACACAUUCCCGAGAGGGCGGCGAUCCGCCAUCCGGAUCUCCAGGAUCGUCUCGGAGAUGUUUCGGAUGGGGCUGCCCGGCGUGAGAUGGUUCGUUCUUGGCGACGAUGACACGGUCUUCUUCGUUGACAAUCUCGCCCGCGUGCUCGCGAAGUAUGACCACACCAAGUUCUUCUACGUGGGAUCCAGCUCCGAGAACCAUCUCCAAAACGUGAGAGGCUUCUCGUCCUUCAUGGCCUAUGGAGGAGGGGGAUUCGCAAUAAGCUACGCGCUGGCCGAGGCGCUCGCAGCGAUGCAAGACGAUUGCCUCGAGAGGUACCACUUUCUCUACGGGAGCGAUGAUCGGAUCCAGGCUUGCAUGGCCGAGCUGGGCGUGCAGCUCACUCGAGAGCCCGGAUUCCACCAGCUCGAUGUUUUGGGCGAUGCUUCUGGGCUUCUAGCAGCUCAUCCCAUCGCUCCAGCGCUCUCUCUACACCAUCUCAACGUCAUCCAUCCGCUCUUCCCCAAUGCAACGCAGCGGCAGUCCAUCAAUCGCCUCUUCUCGGCGGCAAGGAUCGACCCGGCGGGGAUCUUCCAGCAGUCGAUUUGCUACGACAGACACAGGAACUUUUCGAUCCAGGUAUCGUGGGGCUACCUCGUACAAGUUAGCCAGGAACUUAUCUCUCCCAGGAUCCUGGAGCUCCCGCUGAGAACUUUCGUGGGGUGGUAUGGCGAGAGAAGUGAGCUGAGCUUCCCGUUCAAGACGAGGGCCCUGCCGGUGGAUCUCUGCCAGAGGCCCGUGAGGUUCUACAUGGAAUCCGUGAAGAGCAGCAGCAAUGGCAGUGGAAUCUCUGUGAGCAAUUACGUCAAGAGUGAGGCGCCGGCGGCCGCGGCUUGCUCGAGCUGGCUUGGGAUCGAGACGAUCUUGGUGGACAAGGAAGCAAGCGAUGAAUCGUGGUACAAGGCACUGAGGAGGCAGUGCUGCAAAAUUCUUGAAUCGAGAGAGGGAGGAGGAGUUGUUCGUCUAGAGAUUCGUCAGUGUAGCUAGUUCAGGAUUUGAGACUAAACUGUAAAUUACGCUGAGAAAGAAUUUAGUCAAGAGAUUUACAAAGGCUUUCAGUCCCCGCAAAAGAUUUUGACUGGUGAGAGUGUGCUUUCUCUUUUGGAGCUGUU